UUUAUUUAUUUCUUUGUUUUUGUAAGAACAAAAGACAUGAAUAACUCUCAGAGCAUGAGCUACCAAGCCGGCCAGGCCAAGGGCCAAGCCCAAGAAAAGGGAAACCAAAUGAUGGACAAGGCUAGCAAUGCUGCCCAAUCUGCCAAGGAAUCUGUGCAGCAGGCUGGACAGCAGAUGCAGGAAAAGGCUCAAGGAGCAGUGGACGCAGUGAAGGACGCCGCAGGGGCCAACAAAUGAAUGACGACCCUCCGUACAACACGACGUCAUUUCGCUUCCAAUAUUACCAUUAUUUAUUUA